AUGUCUCUUUAUGGAGGAAAUCUUCUAAAUCUAGAGGAUAAAGUUAUUGGAGCUAUUGCUGUUUGUCUGCCGCCGUCUUUUGAGGUUGGAGCUCCCUUUACUGUACUGCUACUAUCACCAUUGCAAAGCCUUCAUGGGACUCCUCGACUCGAUUUGUUUAUAGAGAGUGCUUCAGUGAAAGAUGGAGAAACCACCAUUUCUGCCGCCCAUACAAGAUAUAUAUUCAAGCUCAGUAUUUACCCGGACGAUUUGGAUAUCUCCAUCCAGACUGAUCUUGGUGUCCUUGCGCCGUGCAAGCUAGCACGGCUAGCAAUUUUCACCAGCACAACAUACAAUCACAGAGAUACCCAAAUCUAUGCGCAGAUGUCACAGUCGGAGGGUAGCUCGGAGAUAAUGAUUACGGAUGUGAGGGAAUCCUCGAUCGCUGCUGUAAUAGUACCUUCGAAUCCAUCCAACAUGGCAACAUUUUACAUGUUGGAGUUGCAACCAGCUGGACAACUCGACAUACAUGACUGCAUAAUGAAGGAGGAUAGUGAAGGAGCCUUGAAUUUCCGAAUACACCACCAGGGGGAUGAGUCUUUGACUAUUCAAGGAAAAUUUCGCAAAGCGUAUGACGGCAUCGAUGUCUGUAAAACUCAGCAUGACGACUCCACCUCAUUUGAGCUCCGAAGGCUCAUCAGGAACCCGGCACCUACGGCGUUGCGCGCUUCCGAGGAUCCGUAUACCACUAUUGUGAACGACCUCGAUGAAAUCGUUCAGUGUACCCUCCAAGAAAGCGACGAAAAUCCCUGGCCCGCGAUCAUAGAAGCCACAUUCGGUCUCCAGAUGGGCGCUGUCGGAUUCCUUACGAGCAUCGCUGUUGCUGGAGGCCCUUCAGGGGGUGUAUCCGUCGUGCUCGCAGUAAUCGGAUUGGUUUUGGCUGCAAGAGGCUUCAAAAGUGCGAUCAAGUCCUCUAGUUCCAUAACAGCGUGUAUAUUUCCCGAAGGCGCCAUUUCGCGCCAAACCAGCAGCACCAACGACUUGUUUGUGCUCCGGGUUUACGUCCAUGAUCAAGCAAUUCUCCGAAUUUCGUCAUACCGUCUGAACAACUUGGGUGGCGGUACACAGUACUUAUCGCAAAUGCUCACCCCGUCGGUGGAAAACGAAAUCUUCUACAUCGAUAUCAAAGGCGGCCAGGGUAUCAGCCUUUAUAGAGCCAUCAAGAUUCCCAAUCUUAUACCUGACAAUCUUUGGCCAGGUAGUAACGAGAGUGUUGAAGACAUAAACGGCAAGUUGGUUGUAUAUGCAGUAGACAACUCUGGCAACACUUAUUAUGAUGCGGAAGAUUGUUGGAAUAGCGAAGGUGCUGUAGUACCAAAUUCGAACCUGUCUAUUGUCAAGUUAAGCGGCCUAUCAGUCACGGAAACUCCUAAAAAAGGAAAAUAUCUCGACCGGGAUCCCGAUCCAAUAAGGGUUAUUGUGGAAUACACCUCUUACUGGAUCCCAGCUAACACAGAGACAGGCGAUGGGAAUGGCGCCGAUGGCAGUAAUGAUAUCACUGCGCUGGUGAAAAUGGCCGAGGUUUGCGAGCUAGGCAUGAUAGAAGAAGAGAAGAAAAGACGGCAGCUUGUCGAGACGCCAGGCGGGGUGAAUACGGAUUCAAAAUGGGUCAAGUUUAUGAAACUGGCUCAUCAUCUGAAACGGAAGGACCGGAAAAUGCUCUUUAAGGCAGCUGAAUCGGCAGCCACGAAAGCAGUUGAAAAACGGUGGUAUCAGCAAGAGGAAAUCAGGGCAAAUCGACGGCUCCGGCAACUUGGCGCCAGCUUUGACCGGGUUCUUACAAGAUGUACAAAGCGGCUCGAUAGAGUGCCGGACCAGACGCUGAAGUGGCUCAGCAGCAUUGAUGCAACGAAGGCAUCGACUGAGCCGUUUAGCAGGAACCAAGAGGCUGCAACGACAGAGCGAUACAGCUCAUACUGGAGGCGAUAUCUCUGCUAUUGCGUCAGGGUUAGGCCACUGGGGCGCUCUGAGGCUAAAGCUGAGCAUGGGGUUUGGUUUACGGAUCUGCAGUGGGACGGACUUGGAGAGGUUGUUCGACGGCUAGACGCUUUCGUAGCAAUCGCUAAAGAAGACGACUCAGAAGAGGAUGGCGGCGACGAGGAAACGCCAGAGAAGGACGCCCUCGAUGAGGCCGUCUUUGAAUACUGCAUCAGAUCGAUCAAGCAACGGUUGGGCAAGAAACAGUAUCGAAAUCCGCUGUUGCACUUCAUAGCAGUGCUUGGCAUUGAUCGCUCGGCCGAGUCGUGGAUUCCGUCGCACUCGCACACUCGCUUUAUGGCUGGCUUUCUCUACUGCGGACGAAUUUUGAUGCUGGAGCACUUCUUCAAGGGCAACACCGGCGGAUCAGACGAUUCAGGCGGAUCGGACAACUCGGACGAAGAAUCGGACUGCGAGGUUAGUUUCAGGGCUAUAGAUCGCUUCCACGAGGGACACCGCCAGUGGCUAGUAGACGGCUCGUACACGCCAUUUGGGUCGAUCAUACAGUGGAUGACUUAUGGGAGAGGCUAUCGAAAGCGCGAGGUCGGGCUGGCCCGACUGGCAUGGGAGAGCGAUGGCAAGACGCUAAGCUAUCAUGGGGACCGAAUCAACAUAGGCAAGUUUCAAUAUACAGCCCAGGCGGCCGUUACCGAUACGGAAGCGCUGCUCAAUAGUCUCAUGUCUGGCCAGUGGGGUCAGAUGAAGGAGACGAUUCAUCUGCGAGACAUCGUUGACAGCUUGGUCUAUGAAGGGCCGGGAAGGUCGUUUGUCAACAAUCGAAAGAACGCGUGGCUCAAGCCAGGAUGCGGUCAGAUGAUGAGAAUCGUUGGCGAGACGCUCUGGAAGAGGGUGAAGGAUGGGAACGGCAAGACGCGGCACGAGUGCAGGCGGCAAAAGGUGGAAGAGUUUCUCAUACUUCUCAAGCAAUUCAGGGGCAGCUUCAUCAGGGCCGUGCACAUCUGGAGCGGACAGCCGGGGCGAGGGCCGGAGAUGACAACGAUCAAGCACUGCGAUACGGAGGAGCUGCCGAAGAACGUGUUUGUGUUUGACGGGCAGGUCAUGAUUAUCACGGACCGCGACAAGAGCAAGAGACUAACAGGCCGCGGCCGCAUGGUGGCGCGGUUCUUGCCGGAGCACUUGAGCCGAGUCAUGGUGGCAUACAUUGCAUGGCUGCUGCCGUUCGAGAAGGUGCUGCAUAAGCUAUCCGGCAUACGGGGGCCGGAUGAGGCGCUGGAGCCGUGGAUCUGGAAGACGGCCGCGUACGGGCUCUGGGAUACGGAGCGACUAAGCAAGGACUUAUGUUUGCUGACGGGGUCACAUCUCGGAGUGGAGCUCGGGGUGUCGAACUACCGGCACGUGGCUAUCGAGUUUGGGCGUCGGAUCAAGGGUCUGGUGAUCCGGCAGCUUGAGCUUGAUGGCAUCGAGGCGGGAGACAGCGACGGUGAUGGUCAUCAUGACGAAUUGACGGGGGAAUCGCGAAAGCAGCAGCGGGUCGAAUACGUCUGGGAUCUGCAGGCAACACACGGCAGUCUCGUGGCUCGCAACCACUACGCGAUCAACAUGCUGUACCCGAACCAGCUGCAGCCGGAGAUGAUUUCGAACUUUCAAGAGAUCAGCAGGCUGUGGCAUGGAUUUCUCGAGCGCAGGGACGGAGAGUUCGGGCAGAAGCGAGUACUGGAUGAAGACGAAGGGCUACAGCAAGCGGCGAAACGGAGGCGGGUGCAGCCACUACAGGGUAGCAGCGGCGUUCUACAAGAAGCUCUCGGGCAACUGGGACAGAUACAACAGACAUUGCAGGCGCUGCUGCACGAGGUAGAUGGUAGUCUGCGGCAGGGCCGUCGACGAAAAAUAGCUCCGGCCAGAGCGGUUGACGAGGUUGACGAGGCUGACGAGGUUGACGAGGUUGACGACGGUGAGGAGGGCGAUGAUGCAGUCAGCGAUGAAAGGACUGAGAGCGGGCUAAAGAAGAUGCUUGGCGAGGGCGCGGGAUGGAAAUCUCAGGAACAGCGCGAGGGUAUGCGUCGGAUUAUAAGGAUGCGGAACAACGGCAUACGGAGCAAGAUGCUGAUUAUAGUGCUCCCGACAGGUGGCGGCAAAAGCAUACUUUUCUAUCUGCCGUCUCUCAUCAACGGCGAGAAAGGACCGGGCGGAAAGAUAAACGUUGUUGUCGUCCCGUUCAUCGCGCUGGCGGACGACUUGGUUGCGCGAGGUCGCGAGUUUGGGGUUGACUGCAUGCAAUGGCGCAGCGACAUGGAGGAGGUGCGCGAUGAACGGCAGAGGGACGCGAGUCUCGUGGUAGUCAGCGCAGACAUUGCCGUUUGCGAUGGCUUUACAUCAUAUCUGGAUAGCAUUCGGGGCAGGGGCUUGCUGGGAACAAUCUUCUUGGACGAGUGUCACACAAUCAUCAUGGAUAUAUGGCUGUCCGAUGGUGAUGCUGACGGCGACGUUGCCGGUGUCGAUGGAGGGCUGGUUCCGGGAGCGGAUGCUGGCGAAGGAAGCCGAUAUCAUUCGGGGUCUGACGGCAAGGGUGAACAUCCGGUACAGGGUAAGAAGAGUGAAGGCAGAGAGCCGGAGCAGCGUCGAAGACGGGGUUAUGGACGAAAUCGAGCGGAUGGGGAUGGGGAUGGUGGGUGGGCAGAAAGGGGUCGUAUACUGCCGGUCAAUCAAGGAGUGCGAGAGGCUGGCGGCACGAGCCGGGUGCGGGCACUAUCACGGGCGGAUGACAAGCGCCGACAAGGCGGCAGCACUUCAGGCAUGGUGCGAGGGUAG